AGAUUUCAUGAAAAUAUGUUCAAAAAACCUGGCAAGCGUCGAAAUUUGCGAAGUAAAGAUGACGAUGAGUCACCAUCAGUCGAUGGUGAAGCAAGUGGAGAUGAAGUGGACAAGGUAUUGGAAGUGAAAGAAAGGCAAAAGUUGCGCGAAAAACCGCGCGGUAUCGAUGUUGGUGAUCUCAACGCUGGCCUUAAGCUGUAUCCGGACCCUCAGGAAGUCAAAGUGGUGGACCCAUUCAAAACUCUCACAGGUGGUCUGGUGGACAGGAACACGUUGAGGAAACGUUGCGACCAGUCGGAUGAUGCGUAUGACACGGGGAUCGGCACGUCGUUCUCUGCCGAAACAAAUUUGAGAGACGAAGACGAUGAAAUGAGGAGGUUUAUUGAUGCGGAGUUGGCAAAGCGAACUGGGAAAGUUGCUGCGGACGAGGAAGCCAAGGCGAAGCAGCAGGAAGAAAAAUUCCUGAGCCCCGAAGACGCAGCGUUGCAAGCUAUACCUGAUGAACUCAAGUCUUCCCACAAGUCGUGGUCUGAGAAAAAUGAAGAGAUGCUGUCUUCUCAAAUGCUUUCCGGAAUUCCGGAAGUCGAUCUCGGGAUGGAAGCAAAGAUCAAGAACAUUGAAGCCACGGAAUCUGCGAAGAAUCGGAUUCUUGCCGAGCGAAUGAAGAAGAAAGAAUUGCCUUCCGAAUUCGUUCCCACCAACAUGGCUGUCAACUUCGUCCAGCAUAAUCGAUACAACAUUGAUGACGGAAGCAACAGACGUGGCCGAGGACGAGGUGGAAGUCAUCAUCAUCACCAUCAUCAAGCCCGAGAAGAAAGUACGAUUUUCGGAAAGCCUCGUGAAAUCGUUAAAAAGCGUGCACCCGAACCCAAAGUGGUGGUUGGCUUGGACGGAGAAGCUACUCUUGUCACAGAGGCUAGAGCCGCGAGGAAACCCGGGGAAGAGCGAGCUACCGACGACUUUGCCUACGAAAAAUUCAAGAAACAAUUCAAGAAACAUUGAUUUUCAUAAUCUGAUGAUCUGAUGAUUCAUAAUUGAGGGUGUUGAGGGAAAUUACGCGCGUCCCAGAAUGUCUCGUCGAAAACAGCGCUUCUCUGCAAGAGUAGAGUUCAAAAAGUUCUUUAAUUUUAAUCAUUUUCAUUCACUGAGUGUCGUUUUUUGCUUUUGAUCUUGGAAAUCGUGUUUCUAUAAUUUUGUUUGUGUUGUGAUUUCGACAUGCGCUGUUUUGGGACGCGCUAAAUUAUCCAUUUACGUGAUUCUUCAUGAUUGUUCUCACCUGUUAUCGAAUUUUUUGCGAGAUUUGGGAAGAAAAAUCAUCGUCAUUUUUGAAAAAA